GGCGAGCAGAAGAGGGAGAAAAUAGUUGUUGCCGCCAUUGAUUUUGGGUCGACCUACUCUGGGUACGCCUUUUCGUUUCGCGAUGAUUUCCAAACAAAUCCUUUGAAGAUCCACACCAACCACUGGUCAUCUGCACAGUCUGGUGGAAUAUCAUACAAAGCACCGACAACUGUUUUGUUAAAACCUGACCAGACGUUUCACAGCUUUGGUUAUGACGCGGAAGAUAAAUAUGCAGAGCUGUCUGAAGCAGAAGAACACCAAGAGUGGUACUACUUCAGUCGCUUCAAGAUGAAACUUAUGAAUGCACUGGACAUAUCUAAAGAUCAAACAGGAAGUGAUCAUCUAUUUUCUAAACUAGAGCGAGAUAUGGAGAUUGACGACAUAGAUGGUAAAAAGAUGCCCUUUAUGACCAUCAUAGCACACGCCAUUCGAUAUCUUAAAGAACAUUUAUUGCGCCAGUUAUACGAUAAGAACAUUCUAGAAGCAGUGACAGCUGACGGUAUUUUUUGGGUAUUGACAGUUCCCGCUAUUUGGACUGACUCUGCUAAACAGUUCACAAGAGAAGCGGCAAAAGAGGCCGGAAUUCACGACGAUCAGCUAAUGCUUGCAUAUGAACCGGAAGCUGCCGCCCUGUACUGCCGCCUACUUCCGAUUGAUAGAUUUGAGAGUGGGGGAGAACACCAGGAGCUGGUGCUUAAAACGUUUGAACGAGGGAAGAAAUUCAUGGUCAUCGACCUAGGGGGAGGAACAGUCGACGUCAGCGUUCAAGAAACUACUGAUACAGGAAAAAUGAAGUUCAUUUACGAUGUUUGCGGGGGUCGGUGGGGUGGCACCAGAGUUGAUGAGGAAUUUACCCAAUUUCUUAUCAAACUUGUUGGAGCAGAUGUGUUUACUGAGUUCAAGGAUGAGAGUAGGUCUGAAUACCUGGAGCUGAUGCGAAUCCUAGAGAUCAAGAAAAAGCAAAUUGAUUACAACUCUCAAAAUAAGAUUCCUGUUAGGAUGCCUACUGCUUUGUUUGAGAUCUUAGAAGAACACACCGGAUGCGACAUUUCAGAGAUCAUUGUCAAUUCUCCCUUUGCAAACUCAAUAUUUAGCUUGCAGGAUAAAAUAAGCUUUGAUGCAAGUUUGUUCAGAUCCUUUUUUAGAAAUUCAAUACAAGAUAUAAUAUUUCAUCUACGAAGUGUAUUGGAAGACCCAGUUUGUAAAGAUUUGCUGGGAAUAGUUGUUGUUGGAGGUUAUGCAGAUAGUCGUCUAAUAAUAGCCAGCAUUAAAGACACUUUUCCUGGAAAACGAAUUAUCGUACCUAUUGAAGCUGGUCUUGCUGUUGCCAAAGGCGCGGUUCUUUUUGGUCACGAUCCAGAUGUUAUUUGCUCACGUGUGUGUCGCUAUACAUAUGGAGAUGAUAUUUGUUUACCAUUCAAUAAAGACAAACACCCAUUUAGCAAUUUAACCUUGAUAAACAGCGAGCGAUUUUGCAAAAACAUUUUUCAGAACUUUUUUGAAAAGGGAGAAAAAGUCUUUCUUGGUCAGAAACGAUCUUUUUCCUCUGAUUAUGACUUCCGUGACAAAAGGAGAGCUGAUCAGCGGGAACAACCAUUGACAAUUAAAGUAUAUGUUUCAAAUAGAAAAAAUCCUGUGUUUAUCUAUGAUGUGGGGUGUCGCACAUUGGGCGAAAUUAUUGUUGUUUGCAAACACAAUUCAAAACUUUGGCCUAAAACGUUUUUGUGUACGAUAGAAAUGGAAAUAGCUGGAACUGAAAUUCAAGUUACCGCAAUCAUCAGCAGUGGAGAAAAAGCAAAAGCAAAGUUUAACUUUUUGUGAUUCCUCACUUUAAUAAAACAUGAUUUUAUGAUUAAUGAAGGCCGUCUGCAUAUUUGAUUAUUUUAAAAUUACUUUAAAGAAUGCCUGUUGAAUACAAAGACAUAUUCAAAAGUACUGUUUUCUAAAAGCUUAAAAUUAGAUUAUGUUUUUAUUCACAUACUCUGUAAUGCAUUCGAAGCUUGUUUGCCUCUCUUCAAAGGCAUGAAAAUAAUAUUAGUUAUUUGUUUAUAAGUACUUGUUUAUAACUUCUUAUUAAUACUCAAGUUAUUUGAGUCUGAGAUCGUAUGUAUGUUAUAAAAACGAUAUAAAGGUAUGGCCUCAUUGGUGUGACUGUUUAUAGACAAACAAGUUGGUAACAAAGUUAUAAUUUGAGCGAAACAGAAAAAAAACCGUACGCGUACACUGUUAAAUCUUGAAGAAAUUAUGGGUUAAGUUUUGUUCAUAUACACGCAUUAGAAAAUUUAAUAACUUUGAAGAACGUUAGUACUGUGAAUAAUUCAUUGCUCUUUCAUUUAUUUAAACAUAUGUUUUUGCAAUA